AUGAAGCUGCAGGCAGCCCUUCUUCAAACAACAUGGUCUCAGACCGUGCUGGACAUCGAGUCGGAUUUGUCUGCUCUUGAAAACUGGUCUUCCAAAUUUCAAAUCUUUGCAUCCCAGCAGGGUGGCCUCGAUGUGCAAUACCUGGCCAGCCGGUACAGCCGGGGGAAGGAAGCUGUGGCGGGGUUCAUGGAGCAGCGCCACGUGUUUGCCAAUGUCAAACAGAUCACUCUUGCACAGGGGGAAAUUGUGGAGAAGCAAGCAUCUUUGGGCAGAUCCUUGCUGCUUGUCGGUCGUGCUCUAUCUGUGGACGAGAGCUUGUCCCUUGUUCAGGCAGUGUGCGGGGGCAACAGCUCAACCUUGGGUUUCGUCCUGAUGUCAUUUGAUGUGCAAGAGGUCAGCUUGAUCUACAAGGAGAGCACUCACGGUGGAGACAAAAGGAAGACAAACCAACACUGUCUGGCGCUGACAUCGGGGGCUCAAAAGCAUGUUGAGUGGAGCAAAAGUCGCAUGAUGCUUGGUUCGCUCACUGGGAUCGACAGGGCCAGAGUUACGGACUUGCAGAACCCUGAUGAUGACCGUCCGUUAGCACCACACUUUCGGGUUCAACAACGGGGAGUCGAAGCUUCCAAAUCCAUCUUGAUGAAGAUGCUGGACGGCUUGCAGCUGCCUGAAGGUUCUCCAAUCUUGGUGGUGGAUUGCCUGCCCAACAAGUUUGGUGAAUGGUCCCAAGCGUGUGCACAGCUGCAGCUAGAUGAAUUGCUUGGCAACAACAAGGCUCUGGCUAUCACUUACUUGGGUAUCUGUUUGUCUGAUGAUCCAAACAUGAGAUCCUUGUCUUCAACCAUUGCGGGGCAGUUCAUGGCCAAAUGGAUUCCUGAGAUGAUCAAGACCAAAUAUGGGGCCAGCCAGUCUACUGCUCUGAGCAAGUUGGAGGAUCAGAUUGCCAACAAUCGGGAACUUGCCAAGGCACUGAAAGGAUCAUUGGAGGAGUCAGGGGGUGGGGACCCAUCACCAUCCGGAUCUGUCCCUGGGGAAUCUGGAUCUCGCACUUUGGCCAGCCCUGAUUUUACUGGUGCUGUGGAUGUCCCCAAUUUCACCACCCGAGUUGUCUUGGAAUCGAAGCCCAUUGAUGACUUCUACAAUGGCCGGACGAUCCAGUGUGAAGCUACGUUGGCUGGCGAAACUAACCUUCGCAUCUGCAAAGAUUCCACUGGGAGCUUGUGGCUUGCAAAUGAUGGUGGCUGUGCAGAGCUAGGGCCGAAGGAACUUUUCGGGUUCAAUCUGGGUGCCUUCACUGAAGUGGUGGCAGGAGAUGCAGCCACAAUUGCUGACUCCAUUCCAUGGCUUGUCACCUCAGACUUGCAGGUGGUGUGUGUGGUUUUCGAGAAGGAUGGCAGCACCCAGAAGGAGCUCAUGACGGUGGCCGACACCAUGUGUUGGAUUGCUCGGACUAAAGGAGCUACAGAGGCUGCAAUGCUGGACCAUGACCUGGAACCGCUGACAGAGGACGGGCCGAAUGGCCAAAAGAUCCCAAAGCAGUUUCGAUAUCGAAUCAUCCCCAAGAGCAAAGUCAACAGCUUCAAGCCGAAGAAGCUGGAGGGUGACACGGCUCUGGUGCGCUAUUCCCAAUUCGGGGCGAUCUUUGACAUGUUCAAGAACUUGCCAUCGACUUCAAACUUUGGCAUCGUUUGGGAGGUGAAAGUGUCUGAUGGUAUUCCCUCGGUGGUCACUCCGGCCAAGCCGAAGUUUUACUUCAAAUCCAUCACAACUGUGCCUGCCAAAACGGCAGUUUUGGUGCAGUAG